UAAUCAUUAGUCCAAAAUUUUCGUCAAAAAUUAAACAUCAGAAUUUAAACAAAAAUAGCAGGAAUUUCGGGAUUACCAAAUGUUUGAACCUUUCACCGCUGUUUUCAAGCCUCAAAUUCGUCGAAAAUUUCGGACCUUGAGGAUGCAGAGAAACCUGAAACCAAUAUGACGUUUUUUGACGAUAUUUAAAAGAUUUCAAACUGAAUCGGUGACUCAUUUUGAGAAAAUAUCAUAAUUUACCACCAAAACAAUAUUGACCACAUCUCUUUUCACAAUUUUGAUGAUGACAUGAUCAAUGACUUGCCUUCGUGCGUCUAUGCUGGCGGCCCAGUUGGCACGGGAAAUGGAAACUUGCGAAUGAAUUCGAAUAAUUUUCGACAAAUUCAACAGCAGUAUAUGCAACAACAACAACAAAGUAAUGAAAAUAUACUGGAUUCAUCCAGCAACAACAUCGGACUGAAUUCAAACAGUACCGCAGCGCUAAUGUGUGGCAGCAGCCCCAACAACAGUGGCAGCAAUUCGUAUAACACGACGUCUUAUAAAAUUCAAAGGCAGCAGGCGAAUGUGCGGGAGAGGAAGCGAAUCCAGAGGUCGGCACCAACUGGGUACAACAAUAUAUGUAGUAUCAAUUCAGCCUUUGAUGAGUUAAGGGUCCACGUACCCACAUUUCCGUACGAGAAGCGUUUAAGCAAAAUAGAUACUCUGCGCUUGGCUAUUGCAUAUAUUUCGUUGCUGCGUGAAGUUUUGCAAUCAGACUACGACCCAUUGACAUAUGUGGAGAAAUGUUUGCGAGGAGAAAUUAAGGCCGACAAGGCCAAUUGGAAUACCAGUGAUUUAACUGCCCGUUUGUCGUGGAUAAAUUGGGAAAAUUUGGGAGUGCAUCCAGGGCGAAGAACUCUAUUGACAUCAUUGGCUCUCUCAUCUGAACCUAUGUGUGGAACACACUGUGGACCUCCAUAAAUGCAACGUUUCCAGUGAUUCAAUGUUUUUUUUUUCAACUCUACUCUAGUCUUCCAUUUUUAGGUCAUACCCAACACAAAAUAAGUGGACGUAGUGAAUUCAAUUUCGUAUUUUUGUUAUUUUUUGUUUUUAUUAGUUAUGUAUUUAUAUAAUUAUUAUCUCUGUUACGCAUUACGGCAUUGAUUACAAUGAAGCAAUAAAACUUAAAUUAUUUGAA